AUGGCUUCUUAUGGAACCAUGCACAGGCCAACAGCCUCCUCCUCAACAUCACCCUCAAAGGGUGAUCGACCAGAUGACUCAAAGGACUCAACAAGAAAGAAGCGCAACGAUUUCAAGCUCCUAUGCCCUUUCAACGUCCCCUUAAGCCCAGAAGCCGCCGCCGUCCGAAUCAUCCGAAACUUAGGGUAUUUUGGAUUAUACUACACGAUUUUUGUAUGGAUUAUACUCUUUAUAAGCCUUGUGCCAAAGCGCAAGGUCUCCUUAAUUUUCUUGGUUGCUAUGACUCUUGUGACAUGCUUUUACCUUAUACUACUGCGUGCACUUCCAAAUUCUGUUGGGCUGCUGGAUAAGGUUAUUGACAAACGGCUUGUGCUCGCUUUUCUAGCCGCCGUGACGGCAGCGGAGCUCAUUCUGACACGCGCAGGCAUCCAUCUUUGUGUCACUUUAGCCUGUGGAAUACCAAUCAUUUUGGUUCAUGCAGUUUUGAGGGUUACUGAUGAUCUUUUUGUUGGGGAGGAGACUUGUGCUGCUGGGGAAUUGGUUCCUCUUGUAAGCAUGAAAAGUAGUGGUGAUAUUGAGUCUCCUGCUUCUAUGUGA